AUGAAAAUAGUAUUAAAUCGUCUUAGAGAAGAAAAUACUCUUGAUUGUAAUUACUUUACGCCAAAGUAUUAUUUUGAAACGGAAUGGUGUCUUGAUAUGCAUGGUUAUCUUGAUAGAGAGGAAUUAGAUAUUCGUCUUGAAGAAAUUAAUAGAGUAGUCGCUGAAAACCCACUACUGAGUGACAGAGCAAAAAAGGGUCUUUUAUAUGCUUUCAUCGCUAUUGCUUUUAUUUUUAUUUUUUUUAUUAUCUUUUUGUCUCAACUUUUUGGAGGAUUUAUUGCUCCCUUCGCGAUAGAAGGUAUAAAUGCUAUCGCUUUCUUUGUAGGGAGAUAUUUGGUCAACGAAGAAGCAAAACGUCGCUCCGAAAGAUUUUCUGAAGCUAUUAAAAAAUUGUUCGAUCAAUAUAAUGUCAGUGAUAACCCAACUGCCAAUUGGAAACUCAAGUGGCGUAACGUUCUCAGUCAUUAUAAAGUAGAAAUGAAUUAUUCCCUUGAUAAUAAUGGUGUUAAGGCUAAGGGAAAGAUAACGCCAAAAUAUGCUGAGGAAGCAGAGAUAGAGCUAGAAAUAAAUGACGCCCUCGCUGAUGUUACCGAGUGUACCAUCCGUUUGCAACUUUGUAGAAAUAAUAAACUUAGAAGAAUUAAUAAACAGAAAGAGGAACUUGAGAGACUUCUUUCAUCAAACGAGGACUAUUCAGUCAUCAUCGAUGAUAGAAAGUUGCCUAAAACUCCUCCCUCCAAUUACAUACCUCCUUCCAACAACAAACCCCGACCUGACAACACGCCCCCAUUUAAUAACACACCUCGACCUGACAACACUCCCCCAUUUAAUAACACACCCCGACCUGACAACACUCUUCCAAUUGUUAACACACCUAACAGACCUGACAACACUCUUCCACUUAAUAACAUACCUCAACCUGACUACAUUCCUCAAUAUAAAAACUCACCUCCGCCCUCAUUUAAUAACACACCCCCUUCAAACAAUACUGAGAUACCAAAACCUUCUGUGAGGAAUGCUAAUUCUUAUGAAAGUUUGAACGCUAAUAACAAUAAUAGAAAGAAAAAUAAUAUAAACGACAAUGGGAAUGAGAGGAUGAAUUAUGCUAAUCCUCAGAUGAAUAUGAGAACGGCUACUUCGGUUCCCUAUAAUCCACAGAUGAGCUCUACAUAUACGGGUCGAAAUAACAAUCAAAAUUAUUAUUAA